AUGUGGAUUAACAUAUAAUUGAUAGAAAUAAGAAAGGAUCUAAUAUGAUUCUUGUGAUUACAACCACAAAGUUAUUUAUAUAUAUCCACACACAGACUAGGAUUUCCCACAACAACAAAACCAUAUCAAGAAACACAACAUGAGGAGGAAGAAGAAGAAGAAAUUAGAUGGUGACAAUUGAGAGUGAUGAGUGUAUAUAUAUGUGUUAUGAAUCUCACACAAUUACACUCUUCUUUCUCUUUCUGAAGGCAAGUCAAUAGAGGCAAAGGGAAGAAAUGGGUUGCCACGUGGCAUGGAGUGUUCAAACAUGAUGAGACCCGAGUUUGGCUCCUCCCUCCAUUUUUCCCGGAAAACAACACAAAUACCAUAUUUUUCUCCAUUUCUCUCUCUACACACAUAACUCAAAGAAGAAAAAAAUCAGAAAACGAGAAUCGAUCUCCAGUAGUUAUUAUGGAUAAGAAAGAAAAGGCGAAAGAGAAAAAGGAAAAGAGGCGCCAAGAGAUCUCUCUCCUCCGUACCAUCCCUUACUCCGACCAUCAAAGAUGGUGGACCUCCGAAACUAUAGCUGUGGUGACGGGUGCGAAUAGGGGGAUCGGGUUUGAGAUCGCGCACCAGCUGGCGUUGCACGGGAUCACAGUCAUUCUCACAUCACGCGAGACGGGUGUUGGACAAGAAGCAGCAAAGGUGUUGCAGGAAGGAGGUUUGAAUGUGGUGUUUCACCAACUGGACAUCAUAGACCCUCCAUCAAUUGAAUCCUUUGUUCAAUGGAUCAAGGAAGAAUAUGGUGGUGUAGAUGUAUUGAUAAACAAUGCUGGAGUGAAUUACAAUGCUGGAUCAGAUAACUCUGUGGAAAAUGCUGAACAAGUUAUUCAGACCAACUAUUAUGGGACCAAAAAUAUGAUUAAAGCAAUGGUUCCUCUUAUGAGGCCUUCGGAACCUGGUGCUCGGAUUGUUAAUGUCAGUUCCAAAUUGGGAAGAUUGAGUGGCCGGAGAAAUAGAAUUGAAAAUGCUGAAAUAAGAAAAAAGCUAGAAAAUGAUGAGUUGCUAUCUGAGGAAUUGAUUGAUGAAGUGAUGAGUACCUUCUUGAAACAAGCAGAGGAUGGGACUUGGAAAGAAGGUGGCUGGCCUCAAGUAUUCACAGACUAUUCCUUGUCCAAACUGGCGGUUAACACUUACACGAGGCUGAUGGCGAGGGAGUUUGCUAGUCGUCCAGAAGGCAAAAAGAUAUACAUCAAUUGCUACUGCCCCGGGUGGGUGAGGACCGCUAUGACCAGUUGGGCCGGACACAUUAGCAUUGAGGAUGGGGCUGACACUGCAGUGUGGCUUGCCUUGCUUCCCGAUCAGUUUGUGACUGGCAAGUUCUUCUCCGAGAGGCGUGAGAUCAAUUUCUGAGGCACAAGAUGGUGUUCUGUGGACCACAUUUCUGUUGCACCAGUUUCCAAGUUUAGUUUUCAGGGAAACAGGCAACAUAGGAGUGGAAUUUUGCUGGCUGGUUUGAUUAUGGUAAGAGUUGGGAGAAGAAGCAAGAGCAACAUCAUUUAUCUGCAUCUUUUCUGCUCCUCUUACUAUUGAAAUCAAGAUUCCUUUGCAUCAGUAGACUUAGAACUGGUAGCUUUGGUUUUCUGAUUUUGAUGCAGGAACAACAGUCAAUUACAACAAGGGAAGCAGGUCAGUUUUUGUUUUGUUUUGUUUUUGAUACUAAUAUUUUGUUUUGCAUUUUGAUAGGCUCAAAUUUGAAAUUUGUCAAAACAAAUUUAUUGAGGUUUUAUUUUGGUGAGUUUGGCCUAUACUGCUUGCUUCAGUAACUUCAGCAGAUGUGUUCCACAUGACAAGAUGAUUAUGAUUUGCUUUUACAACAGCUUAUCUAUUCAUUUACACAAUAUUCUAAUACAUAUUACAUCUACUGUAUGUAAUAACUCGGAUAAUCCAUGUUGCGUGAGAAUUACCUUCGUUUCGUCA